GGGGCCGCAUGUGACGGGCUCGGAGGCCGGGCGCUCGAGCUCCACCCGAGCCCGGGCCUCCUCUCAGAAUUACGCAAUUUACGUAACAUCGAUCGGAUCGACACUGUAAUACCAACAUCAAUCAACCCAAACUUGUACAAGAAUGGCUACCCCAUCAACUGGUGGCACCAAGUUUUCUGAUAAACCUCCAGCCCCACUUCCGACCGACCAACAAGCUGCACUAGAUAAAUCUCCUUCCCAAACCAUCGAUGGAAACCAAGUGGCCGCUAAGCCUACCCAGGCGUGGAAAAGCUUUCUCUCAGGGGGCUUUGGUGGCAUUUGCGCAGUAUUAGUGGGCCAGCCGUUUGAUUUAACGAAGACCAGACUACAGACUGCUCAACCUGGUCAGUAUUCCGGCACGAUGGAUGUUGUACGCAGGACAUUUGCCAAAGAUGGGGUCUCAGGCUUCUAUAGGGGAAUGAGCAGUCCUCUAGCGGGUGUUACGCCAAUGUUUGCCGUUUCUUUCUGGGGAUACGCCAUGGGGAAGAAAUUGGUGUAUUCUUUUUCUCCUACUAGAACCUCGAAGGAGCUGUCAUACUCCGAGUACGCAAUUGCUGGUGGGUUUAGCGCUCUGCCAACUACCCUAAUAGCUGCUCCGAUAGAGAGAAUCAAAGUCUUAUUACAGGUUGAUGGUCAAAGUGCCGGUCAACAAAAGUAUUCAGGUGCAAUUGAUUGUGUACGGCAAGUGUAUAAAGAAGGCGGGAUCAAAAGCAUUUUCCGGGGCUCGUUAGCCACAGUGGUGCGCGACGCACCUGGCAGCGCUGCAUACUUUGUUGCUUACGAGGCUGCGAAGAAAUCGUUAACUCCAGCCGGUUCUGACCCCACGAAGCUCAAUCUGUCUGCUAUUUGCGCAGCGGGAGGCUUUGCUGGGAUUGCCAUGUGGUCAAUUGCUAUUCCGCCCGAUGUGAUCAAAUCUCGACUUCAGUCUGCGCCAGAAGGGACUUAUUCUGGCUUCCUUGAUUGCGCGAAGAAAACGGUGAAAGCAGAUGGGCCUAAGGCUUUAUUCAAAGGACUUGGCCCAGCUAUGUGGAGAGCUGUCCCUGCUAAUGCUGCCACCUUCUUAGGAGUCGAGUUGGCGCUAUCUGCACUUAACAAGGUCGCAUAAUCGUUACAAGGCGCCCAGGAAAGUGUUGCUCCUUGGGUGGCGUUAUGUCUGAUGCGCAUGAUAGCUUUAUAUUGUACAAUAAAUUGUAAUCUCGUUCUGACCCCCGAAGAAACUGGAGCAAGAACGCGGAUCUUUGCCAUCUACUUUCUGUCAAAAGUCGUUCCCAUCAACUAAAUGUACAUGUUGUAAUUUGCCCCUUGAUCUUCCCAUUUGGUUCUGUGUUUUACAUGCAAGAUGCUACGAUAGAAACCCCUACCAGUCAUGAAUCGACAAUAUCUUCAUCUGAAAUGUAUCAGCGCACUAAAUAUUUUGCAAAGGUGUUGAGGAAGAGAAGAAUGAGAACUAAUUAACAUCUCUUAGGCA